AUACUUCCGCGAAAACUGAUUCUUAGAAGAUACCUAAAGGAUAACAUUUACUCAUAUGGUAACACAUCUGCACAAACGUGGUAAGGGAAUUUUCGUGUAGCAGUGGUGAAAGUCAAUUCAAUCGUGUCUUCAAAAUUAAAGAGUCUGGUAUUGAAGAAGUCGAUCCAGCUUGCCGAGGUUACUUUAAAUUUGGUACGAGUACAUCAGCCCUGAAUCAACAGAACCUCGAAACGCGACAAGCAACAUCCACUUACACAAUGGCUCAGCAUGUCGCUCAGGCGUUGGACGAUGUUAUCAGUGAGACUGUGGACAUUUUCCACAAAUACUAUAAGUGUGACUAUCCAAAAAGCCCACAAGUAAAGGAUGGAUUGAAGCAUCUUCUAAAUGAAAGAUACAGAGAUGAUGUCCAUAGCUUCAUUGACCACUUUGUUCAUCCCACACAAAGUCUUCUUAGCAGUUUGGAGGAAGAGAAGUUUCCCCUUUGCUUACCCAAUGGCAAAGUAGUUCUUCAUCUGGUUCCUCCUAUGACCAAAUUGGCAGUUGGGGAGUUCUUUUACCAGGUGGGCCAUACUAAUCCACGCACUUUAGUUGUUAAAUUUGCAAAAUAUGAGCAGAGAGGGACUAAAGUGAAUGAAUUGCAGCGCUCAUCAGUUCCUGAAGAUGACCAUGACAUUGCGUUCACCAAAGAGUACUUUGACCAAAUAAGGGGUGAGGUUCCGGAUGGACUGGGAGAUGUUCUGAUGCGUACCCUUGUUGUGAUGGGUAAUCCAAACUGGACGGUUCAGAGAGAGGGUGCGGCAAAUCACCUUGGGAAUUGUCCAACAGAAAGGCGUAGCAGGUUGAGGUCAGAGUCCCAUCUGUCUGUUCAGGAAAGCUGUGAUGAUGAUUCAAGCAUUACGUCAGAGCCCAAUUCUCCAACAGAAAAUGAUGAUGUUUACCCAUCAACAGAUGGGGUAUUUGUGCAUACCAAUGGUGGUGACAAAGGAAAAUAAAUAUCUACUAACUUCCUCUUUAACCCCUAAGCAACUUAUUUAGCUUCAUUGUUAUUUGUUAUCAGUGUUUAUUUGCGAUGUAAAGGUACAGAUGAGUACAUGUACAAGUAUUAGUUAACCCUUUAACUCCCAUGAGUGAUCAAGGCAGAAUUUCUCCUCACAUUAUCACUACAAUAUCAAAUAGAAAAGUGAUGAGAAAAAUGAAAAAUAUCAAUUAGGGAUGAUUGGUUGAUCCAAUAACAAAUUCUCUCAACUAACAUAAAGAUAAUUGUAUGGCUGACAGAAAAGAGAAUUAACAAUGACAUCUUGGGGUGAAUUGGUUAGGGAUCGAUGACAUUGUGGAGUGACUGAUCAAAUCUAAUUGGAGACUUUUUUAUUACUUUUCAUGUUAGGAUGAAUAGGUUUCGUUUUAAAUAAACCAGCCCUGGUUUUAUUUUCAAAUUCAAAUUUUUAUUUAAGGUUCCAUGCAUUAUUUUCUUUCUAAAGAUGCUUUAAGAAAGUUUAUUUACUACUGGACACUUAAUAUAUAUAGUUUUUCCACAAUCAUAAUAUAUUAGUAAAUAUUUCAUCUCCAUGAGAAACAGGGGUUUUAAGUAUGUUUAUUGGACUUAAACAAUUUUAGAAGUUGAAACUGUUCAAAUAUGUUAAUUGUAAAACAAACCUUCCCAACCACAGUUAGACUGUGUAUAUUUGUUUAAGUUGAUGGUCAACUUUGUUAAGUUAAAUUCUUCCACUGCCUUUUUGUGAUACUAAUAAAGGAUGUGUCACA